AUGAGAGUGUAUAAGGACGACUUGGGCCUCUGGAGGGUAAGGAGUUUAAUUUCGAACCGAAUUGAUACGCACGACUUCCGUUAUCCUAUCAUUCUGGACUCAGGCCAUCCCAUUGUGGAAAAGCUAAUAGAACACACUCAUAAGAAGUUAAAUCACGCUCAGACGAGCGUUGUUAUUAAUAAUUUGCGAGAACAUUUUUGGAUCUUGAAUUGUAGACACACCACCAAUGCUGUAAUACAUAAAUGCAUCAUCUGUAAACGUUAUAGUGCUAAGAGAAUAGAACUGUUGCCUGCUGUAUUGCCUUAUGACCGAGUUAAAGAGGCAGCCAUUUUCGAAGUUACUGGUACAGAUUACGCAGGUUCACUUUUCCUAAGAGAUGAUAGCAAAGCAUGGAUCUGUCUAUUCACCUGCGCUGUUUAUCGAGCUGUUCAUUUGGAAUUAGUUAUCUCUUUAUCUCACUCCUUUCUGGAAGCGUUUCGCAGGUUUAUUGCGAGACGAGGAAGAUCUUCGAUUAUAUACACCGAUAACGGUACCAAUUUUACUGGUGCUAAUAAGAGUCUUCGGAAGAUCAACUGGAAGAAGAUCGAAGACUACGGAACAGUGGAAAAAAUUCAUUGGAAUUUUAAUUCACCCACAGCUGCUUAA